CAGACCCCUCCCGUGAAACAUAGCAAUAAAGCCCUAAAUAAAUACACGCUUCUUGCUCUAAAGUCCCCUGUGCACUUUCACGUUCCUGCUUUUGUUUUUUUCUUUUUGUUCGAUUUCGUUAUUCCGACCUUAUUACACUUCUUUCAUUCUUUCGUUCUUUCAUUCCCAAAGAGUUCUCCCAUCUCUCCAACUCACCAUGAGAUUCUCCCUCGCCCUCCUCGCCACUGCGGCCCUGACAGCUACGGGGGCGCUCGCCCUCCCCCACGGCAACACUGAGAUGACAAACAAGCAGCCCAUGAGCAUGAGCACGAUGGAGGACAGCCCCACGCAGACUCCCUCGUCGUUACCUUCCUCCAAGCCCAGCAGCAGCAGUUCCGGCAGUACCCCCCAGCCGAGUAAGACGGCCGCUACCCAGGGUGAAACCGACGAAGAUUUCCUCUCGGGUCUAUUGGGCAAUCUUGGUCUGAGUGGUCUGCUUGGUUAGGGCUUGUGAAUUGCGGGUCACGAAUGGGCCUUGGGCUGUUGGGUUGUGGGGAGGUCAAUGGAGGGGAGAUAGGUCUGAGAGAGAUGGUGAAAGGAAGGGCAUUAGCGGCAAAGGGAAUGGGACGAAGGGCGG